CGUACAGCCGCCAGUUCGAGGUGGGGACGCUCUACACCUACGUCUACGAGACCUCGGUGCUGCUGAACGAGCCCCAGGCGCUGCCGGUGUCCACGGCGAAGGAUGUGGGUUUCCGCGUCGAGCUCUCGGCCGAGGUCACCCCGUGUGCAGCACCUGGCAACGCCCACGAGCAGAUCCUAUCGUGGCCCCAAGCUCUCGGUGAAGUCCCGCCAGGGGCCGACCCCGGGGACUUCGCACACAAAUCCUCCAAGCUGGAACAGUACACGCUGCACCCGGUCUUCCUGCAUUGGAACAGCGCAGGUCGGGAAGGUGCACCACUUCGAGGGGAGGAGGCUUCGCUGCUCAAUGUGAUGAAGGGCAUCUCCAGUCUGUUGCAGAAUCAUCGAGAAAGCUACCUCAAUGGAGACCCACUUCCUGCGAGUGGAGGCACGGAAGCAGUCAGGCGCAGAAGGUUGAUGAUGAAGCAGCAGAACCUCCAACUCAAGAGUCGCAGCAAGGUUAACAGCCCCAAAUACCCAGGAAACACAGCUGCCGAAGCAUUACGAUCCAUUGCCAAGAAGUUGAAGAAAUCGAUCGUCACAGAGCAACUCACAACUAAUCCUGAGGCAAAGGAGUGUAUUUCAUGCAAAUCGUUGAAGGCAUUGAUCAGCAGCUUCUACAACACUCUAAGUCCCAAGAACCUGGGCACGCAAGGCUCGGCCAUCGCUUUUGUGAGGCUGCUAAGGAAAGUGCGUGAGAGUGACCUGGAUACCAUCAAGGCGAUACUCAAGGAUAAGAAGAAUGCCAAGAUUAUGCCACAGCUCCUCGACAUCUUGGCAGCAGCACAGACGAUUCCCUCGCACAAGGCCGCCAUGUCCGUGCUCAACUUUGGUGGUCCGAUUGACAACCCCGAGAGGUACCUGUUGAGUCUCUCCUUAGCGACGCAUCCUUCUGAGUUCAUCCUGCAAGAUUUAAUUAAACUUGCAAAGAAGGGUCUCAAUAAUGACAAGCUGUAUGAGACUCUUGUCCUAACUAUAGCAUCUGUCAGCCACACUUUCUGCAAAGUUUCCAACAAUUGCAAAAAGCCUAUUAUUACUGAUGUCCAGGAGUUUAUAACAAGUAAGUUGGAAAACUGCAAGAGUGAAGACUGUCAGCUGAUUUACAUCCGUGCUUUAAAGAACUUCAGGAAAGCAGAUACAAUGGAGACCCUCCUGAAGUAUGCAGAGGGCAAAGCACGCAAACCAGCAAUAUAUGCAACAAGAGCAUUGCAAACUAUGCCUAGUAGUUACAUAACAGAAAAGAUCCUGAAGAGUCUAGAGCGAGUCUUCUUGGAACUAAAUAGGCAGCACGACACUAGCGUUCGAGAUGCAGCAGACAUCAUCUUGCAGCAUCAGCCCAGUGAGGAAUUCCUUAAGGCUCUGUUCCAUGUCAUGACCUCGCACGAAACCAGAGAGCUGAACACCCUCUUGCUGGGGAGAGUUUCCGACUUAGCCAGAAAGACGAACACUUGCAGAAGGUGGGUUCUACUGAAGACUGUGCUAAAGACCUCAACUUUUAACAAUUACCACAUCCAUGGUCAAGGAGGAUUGUCAUCGGCAUUUUCAAGAAUGCUUGCUGAGGACAAAAGUGCCACUCCUCCUUCAGCAACAUGCUCGAAUCAAUGGGGACUACUGAAGAGGUCUACAGUCGAUGUCUUUGUGAAUACUGAUGUCCAGAUGAGGCUUCUUUCUAUUGGCAUUUUCGCAGGUGGACUUUCUGUUUUUGGAGGAGAGGAUGCAGUCGAUGAUGGAGAGGAAGCCAAUGCUGGUAUUGAGAUGACCUUGAUGGACACACAGCUUCGACCAUUUGUGUUCUUCACUGGCCAAGGGGAGCUCAUGGGACAUGUAUGGGCUGGCACAGGGUCAGAGAAAACCACUGCGCUCCAGGGCUCCUUGUUACUCCAAGACCACCUCCAGAUUGUCCCCCUACAGAAUGGUUUUAAUGCCGAACUCCUCCUCAAUGGUGCCAUAUCGUAUGACUUUUCUGGCCAAGUACAAGUGUCUCUCUGGAAUAGAAAUGCCCACAGUCUAGUAGAAGUUGGGGCUGCUAUGAUUGUCCAGGGCGUAGCCAGAGUAGACAGCUCCUUCGUGCAGACUCUCAUUGAGUUUAACUCGGGAGGACAGACACAGCUGAACUUCGUCACAGACCUCGAGUUCUAUGACGAAGUGAUUAUGUGUUUACAAAUGGUGCAACCCAACUUUGAGGUUGUGAACAACGUACGAAAGCUCGAGCGCAUUCCUGGAAGCAAUUAUGUGUUGCGUAAAUACAAGAAAAAUACAUCUCCUGUUCCCGGUAAAACAUAUGUAAUGAAUAAGAAAAAUACCGAACUAUGUAAUAAGAUGUUUAAUAAAUAGAUUGAUAUAUAUUUUUUUAACUAGCUUAUUUAGAUGCUGUAUCAGUCAUAGGAUAAAAGAAUCAUUGGUUUUGAUUUUUUUUUUUUCUCUCUCUCGUUUUUAAAAAGACCUAGAUAGUAUACCAGAACAAAUGAAAAAUGCCAUUGAACAAAGUCAGUUACAAUGAACAGUCAGAUUUGACAAUAGAUAGGGAAUACAUAUUUUAAUAUUUACAAACUGAAUGUAUGAUACUCAUUCCACCAUAAAGAAAAGAUUACAUAAGAGAACAUUGUUAAUUCUUUUUUGUGAUUUAUACAUCCUCUUACAGAGAAUUAUUUAAAGAAUUGCCAGUAGCUUAGAAUUCACCUUUGGUGCCUUUUAUACCGUUGUAGACAUGUCUUCUACCUCGCCUACUACUGUUGUGUCUUGUAGACAUAAUAUGGAGUCAGAUACACAAGGUCACAGUGAUGAGAGUAUGUGUAGAUAGGUAUAUUUUUCUUUAUACAGUGGGCUUUAAACUCGUGUCGUUAUUAAGAGCGUUUUUGUGGGCAUAAAGGAAGGAAGGACCAAUCAUUCAUUUUUUUCAGUGGCAUGGUUGUCUUUCCUUCCUCCUCUUUUUUAAGGAUUGUUAUGACUACAUUUAUUUUUAUUUUGUAAUCAUGUAUAGUAGGAAAAAAAGGAAAAUUCAGGACUAAUUUUUCCCAGGUAUUUUUAAAAGUAAUUUUAAACUGGAAAGACUAUCAGUGCUAGGAGACAGUGCAAGGUAUGCGCCGUAAACCAUUUCCAAUUUUCCUUGAGACAUUCCCGUAGCAUUUGGUGCAUUCUCAUCGACCGAACAUUCUCAGAACUGGUGAUAUUAAGUCAUGUUGUGCUUUCAGAUGGUUGCUCACACAGACAGGUUGCAGUUUUGUAGGUUUUUGUAUUACCUGUUUGCUAAAGAUUUCCCCUUUUUCCCCUAUGAUACAAGUGUGAAAUACUAUUUUU